AUGGCAUCUCUGGGCUCCGGCUUUUGGUCCUUCGGAUCUGAAGAUGGCUCGGGGGAUCCCGAGAACCCCGGCACAGCCAGGGGCUGGUGUCAGGUGGCCCAGAAGUUCACGGGAGGCAUCGGAAACAAACUGUGCGCCCUGCUCUAUGGAGACGCCGAGAAGCCGGCGGAGAGCGGCGGGAGCCAGCCCCCGCGGGCCACCUCCCGCAAGGCCGCCUGCGCCUGCAACCAGAAACCCUGCAGCUGCCCCAAAGCGGAGGUCAACUAUGCAUUUCUACACGCAACAGAUCUGCUGCCAGCGUGUGAUGGAGAAAGGCCCACUUUGGCAUUUCUGCAAGAGGUUAUGGACAUUUUGCUUCAGUAUGUGGUGAAGAGUUUUGAUAGAUCAACCAAAGUGAUUGAUUUUCAUUACCCUAAUGAGCUUCUUCAAGAAUAUAAUUGGGAAUUGGCAGACCAACCACAAAAUUUGGAGGAAAUUUUGAUGCAUUGCCAAACAACUCUAAAAUAUGCAAUUAAAACAGGGCAUCCAAGGUAUUUCAAUCAACUUUCUACCGGACUGGAUAUGGUUGGAUUAGCAGCAGACUGGCUGACAUCAACAGCAAACACUAACAUGUUCACCUAUGAAAUUGCUCCAGUAUUUGUGCUUUUGGAAUAUGUCACGCUAAAGAAAAUGAGAGAAAUCAUUGGCUGGCCUGGGGGCUCUGGCGAUGGGAUAUUUUCUCCUGGUGGCGCUAUAUCCAACAUGUACGCCAUGCUGAUCGCGCGCUUUAAGAUGUUCCCGGAAGUCAAGGAGAAGGGGAUGGCUGCCGUCCCCAGGCUCAUUGCCUUCACGUCUGAGCAUAGCCAUUUUUCUCUCAAGAAGGGAGCUGCAGCCUUGGGCAUUGGAACAGACAGUGUGAUUCUGAUUAAAUGUGAUGAAAGGGGGAAAAUGAUCCCAUCUGACCUUGAGAGAAGGAUCCUUGAAGCCAAACAAAAAGGGUUUGUCCCUUUCCUUGUGAGCGCCACGGCUGGGACCACUGUGUAUGGAGCCUUUGACCCCCUGUUAGCGGUUGCUGACAUUUGCAAAAAGUAUAAGAUCUGGAUGCAUGUAGAUGCAGCUUGGGGUGGGGGAUUACUGAUGUCUCGGAAACACAAGUGGAAACUAAGCGGCGUGGAGAGGGCCAACUCUGUGACCUGGAAUCCGCAUAAGAUGAUGGGCGUUCCUUUGCAGUGCUCUGCUCUCCUGGUUAGAGAAGAGGGAUUGAUGCAGAGUUGCAACCAGAUGCAUGCCUCCUACCUCUUCCAACAAGAUAAACACUAUGACCUGUCCUAUGACACUGGAGACAAGGCCUUGCAGUGCGGACGCCACGUUGAUGUUUUUAAACUCUGGCUAAUGUGGAGGGCAAAGGGGACCACAGGAUUUGAAGCACAUGUUGAUAAGUGUUUGGAGCUGGCGGAGUAUUUAUACAAUAUCAUCAAAAACCGAGAAGGUUAUGAAAUGGUGUUUGAUGGAAAGCCUCAGCACACCAACGUCUGCUUCUGGUACGUACCUCCGAGCCUGCGUGUCCUGGACAAUGAUGAAGAGAGACUGAGCCGCCUCUCCAAGGUGGCUCCCGUGAUUAAAGCCAGGAUGAUGGAGCAUGGGACCACGAUGGUGAGCUACCAGCCCUUGGGCGACAAGGUCAACUUCUUCCGCAUGGUCAUCUCGAACCCUGCAGCAACUCACCAAGACAUUGACUUCCUGAUUGAAGAAAUAGAACGCCUUGGACAAGAUUUGUAA